AUGUCGAGCGGCAGCACCUCGUCCAACGUCGUUGGCGUCCACUACCGCGUCGGCAAGAAGAUCGGCGAGGGCAGCUUCGGCGUCAUCUUCGAGGGCACCAACCUGCUCAACCAGCAGCAGGUCGCCAUCAAGUUCGAGCCGCGCAAGAGCGACGCCCCCCAGCUGCGCGACGAGUACCGCACCUACAAGAUCCUGGUCGGCUGCCCUGGGAUCCCCAAUGUCUACUACUUUGGCCAGGAGGGUCUGCACAACAUCCUCGUCAUCGACCUCCUCGGCCCCAGCUUGGAGGACCUGUUCGACCACUGCAACCGGAAGUUUUCCAUCAAGACGGUUGUUAUGGUAGCCAAGCAGAUGCUCUCCCGCGUCCAGACCAUCCACGAGAAGAACCUCAUCUACCGCGACAUCAAGCCCGACAACUUCCUCAUCGGACGCCCGGGCUCCAAGAGCGCCAAUGUCAUCCACGUCGUCGACUUCGGCAUGGCGAAGCAGUACCGUGACCCCAAGACGAAGCAGCACAUCCCCUACAGAGAACGCAAGUCCCUGUCCGGUACCGCUCGAUACAUGAGUAUAAACACCCAUCUUGGACGCGAACAGUCCCGUCGCGACGACUUGGAGGCUCUUGGCCAUGUUUUCAUGUACUUCCUGCGAGGCGGCCUCCCCUGGCAAGGGCUCAAGGCGGCUACCAACAAGCAGAAGUACGAGAAGAUUGGCGAGAAGAAGCAGACCACGGCGAUCAAGGAUCUUUGUGAUGGCUUCCCUGAGGAGUUCAACAAGUAUCUGAGCUACGUCCGCAACCUUGGGUUCGAGGACACCCCGGAUUACGACUACCUCCGUGAGCUCUUCACCCAGGCGCUCAAGAGCACCGGAGAAAUCGAGGACGGCGAGUACGACUGGAUGAAGCUCAACAACGGAAAGGGUUGGGAAGCGAUGAAGUCGCACACGUCGGCUGUCCAGGCGAUGCAUCAAUCGGGUGCUCACCACAACUCGUCGACCGCGGUUAAUGUUCACGGCCAGCCGCACAGGCAACCAAAAACGCACCUGCCCGUCGACCACCACCGUCUGAACGAGCCGCUCCCCAAGCCCGGAGCGACUCGCGCCCAGCCCGGAAGAGGCCCAAGGGACAACAUGCGCGACUCUCAAGUGAAGAGGAAGAGCAUGGGCGAGCUCGCACCUCCCGAAGGAGCGUCGACGCAAGCGCAAUUCCAACAUAGCCAGCCAACGCUAGCCGCGAACCGCGUGACAUCUAAUCAGAGUCCGAGCGCGCAGCAGCCCAGGCGACAGGAGCCUGAGAAGCAGAGCGCCAUGCAGAAACUGAUGAACAUUUUGUGCUGCGGCGCUGGAAAAUAG